AUGUAUCACGGGUUGAAUCUCCCCCCGUACCUGAGACGCGCGAUGAAGUGGAAGCAAAUGGACCUCGAGUACGCGAUGUGGCAGAUGUGGCUCAUGUGCACGAACCCGAAGGUCGUGUACCGGCACACGAUGUACAGGAAGCAGACGAAGAACCAGUGGGCGAGGGACGACCCCGCGGUCGUCGUCCUGACGUCCAUCCUCGUCUUCGCGACGUCUUCCCUGUAUUGUUGCUUCUUCAGCAAGUCGUUCAAGCACUCCGUGUACGUCGUCGCGAGCGCGGGGUUGAUCGAUUACGUUGGUCUCGGGGCACUGAUCGCGACCGGGUAUUGGUUCGUGUCGAACCGGUUCUUACGAACCGGCGUCGGGCACUCGCACGCCAUAGAGCAGCGCGUGGAGUGGUUGUACGCGUUCGACGUUCACUGCAACGCGUUCUUCCCGCUGUUCUUGCAGCUGUACGCCGCGCAGUUGGUGCUGUCGCCGGUUUUACUCGCGGGCGGAUUUAUCCCGAGGAUGCUGUCGUGCGCACUCUACGCCGUCGCGCUGGGUUAUUACCAGUAUUGCACCUUCAUCGGAUUCAACGCGUUGCCGUUCCUCGAAGCGAUGCUGUUCUUAUAUCCUAUUGCUGGGGUCGCCUUUUUAGCGCCGAUGAUGUGCCUUUUCGGAUUCAACCCGACUAAAUUCGUGUUGGGGAUAUAUUUCGGUUGAGUGUUGAGUGUUACUUACACAUACAGUAGCGGAUGAUAGGGGGGAGGCGAAUGCACUAUAAGAUAGUUCGAAGAAAGUAGUUCUAUG